AUGGCGGCAAAGGAGGCGUUCAAAGAUGUUAAUAGGUCAAAGAACAAAUCUUUACCAACAAUUUUAACGGAAGACGACGUUCCUGGGGCAUCUUUAAAGGGACGGAAACCUGAACAGUUAAAAAACGAUGAAUUGAAAGGUUGGUUGAGGUGCGGAGGGGGGAGUGUUUCUGGCACUGGCGUGCAACUACUUGAAAGGUAAACAUGACAUUUGUGCAGUGUUUUGGCAUCCAUGCUGGGUUAUUUUGUAUUUUUUUUUUUGCCAAUAUUUAAUUUUUAGAGUUAAAGAUUAUAUUUCCAGUGGACUACACUUGAAGGUAACUGAUCCUGAUAGGGGAAUUCACUGCAUUCGAAAAAAACAAUUCGAAGGCACUGGCAAUGAACGUGAUGACAAGGUUGUUGAGUGGCCCAAAGAAGGCUGAACCUUAAGCCUAGAAAAAACACCGGAGUUUCAACAUUGUAUUAUAUUUUCGUAUCUGUCUGGAGGGAGAAACAGCGAGGAAAAAAAGACGAGGGGCGUUUAAAAGCAAACGAGAAGGGUACGCUUUGUUUAAGGCUUCCCAUGUCUUGGAUGUAAAAUUUAACAGCUCUCAUGAUGAUUUCUGCUUUUUUGAUGCGAGAGUAAAGGCUUGUAUGACUAGAAAUAAGAUGUAUAGAACAAAAGUUAGACAAAACAAAACAGGUGAAGUUGUGUCUGCUCAAUGCACUUGUAAAACUGGCGCUAAUGGAUAUUGUAAACAUGUUUGGGUUUAUUAUAUGCCAUACUUAACUUCUCUGAAAGUGGCCUUGGGCUGAUUCCUCCAAACACUUCUUGCACAGAAAGGCCUCAGCAGUGGCAUAAACCAACCCAACGAACCUCAAACGUUCCAGUUCUUUUCAAAUAUAUACUGAUGAUAAAGCACGAUUAUGAUGCUGACAAAAGAAAGAAGACUGAAAAAAGGACUGAAAGGAAAAACGAGAAAGAGACAUAUUCAUCAUGUCCCUCCUUUGCUCUACAGGUUACAAGAAAGCAGAUUAAGGACCUCUACAAUGAAUUAAAAAACUUGCCUAUGGAGUCAAAUGCAGUAAUUCUCAAUUGGCAGCCUGUAACUGUGAAAACAAUAGAAGAUAAGUUUGCUAAACACACUGUUCUUGUUGAUCAUGAUUAUCUACCUGGUAAACAUGAAAGAAAUGAAACUUAGACAGAGGUAGAAGCUUCUAAAUGUGAAUUAUAUCGUCUUUUCAAGAAAGCCCCAGUACAUUGUUUUGGAAAAAAUCAGUGUGAGCCACUAGACAUCAACUUUUUACCAGACUUAAUCAUUUCCCAUUCUCUAGCAAUUUCUAACUUACCUGAACAACAGCCUGAAACUAGCAUGAUUGUAGAAACUGAAACUGAUGAAGCUAUGAUUUCUGAGGAAACUUUAAAUGAUGAUCCUGAUUUUCAAAGCAAUAGUAACUUUACCAUACCCAAUCCCACACAGUGCCACUCAGAUAACUUGGAUUUAACUGAUGAGAACUUUAUAGCAGUUUGUAAAGAGUACAUGAAAAUCAUCAAAAUACCUGAGGAUGGUAUCGACACUGUUGAGGAAAAAACAAGAGGGCAAUCUAGCAACUCAGAUUGGUUUCAAUACAGAUAUGGAAGACUAACUGCAUCGAAAUUUGAUGAAAUGAGUAACAGAAGAGUAACUACACCCCCUGAUAGGCUUGUGAGGGAUGUGUUUCAGUACAACUGCAGGCCAAAUAUACCAUAUCAGUGUCAAGUGGGGUUGGAAAUGGAACCAGUCAUCAUAGGUAAAUACAUUCAACAUCAAGAAAACAAUGGUCGUGAGGGCAUCACUGUGAAAGAUAAAGGCCUUGUUAUUGAUAAGGAUAAUCCUGUGGUGGCUGCCAGUGUUGAUGGUGAAGUCAGUGAUCCAACAAAUAAAUAUCAUCCAAUUGGAAACCUUGGCGCAAAAUACAAGUUAUUCCCAUCAAAGUUAAAGGAACAAAUGGAUACAAAACAAAGUUCAUUACUUAAAGUUCUUGCAAAACACACCAAGAAUUUCUGCUUGGAGAUUACCGAAUCAGGACUCAGACUCAAACAAAAACAUUCAUACUAUAAACAAGUUCAGGGGGUAUGGCGAUCACUAGAAAGCCAUGGUGUGAUUUUGUUGUGUACACUUAUUUCAUGA